UCCUUUAUUCCUUAUGCAGUUGAUAUUGCAAGAAGUAUUGAAUACAUGUGCUAACUGAAUAUAUCAAUACUGUUGAUGCUUUGUUGUCGAGGCAACCGCAGUCAUAACGUCCGUUAGUUUAGACAUAUUACGCUUGUAGCGCAUCGUAGUGCUAUACGAAUAUUUGGCAAGUUCGGAACAUAUUUUUCACUUUCAGAAAACCAAAUACGAAACUGCUAUAGAAAACUUCAUUAUGAGUGAAAAUGUGAAAUUUAUUGUGACAGAAAUAAAUAAAUUAUUAGGACGAAAUUAUAGUAUAAUUGGAUUUAAUACCUUAAACACUGAAGACUUAUUACAGAUAUUAUGCAGUGUUCUGAUGAAGAUACAGCAACAAGAUGAUUCGGAUACCGAUAUUAAAUUGAAUUCGCUAGAAGAAAAUUCUAUAUACGUCUUAACAGCUCUUCGAAUACUUAAUUAUCAAUCUGAUGUGGAACCCAUACUGUUUAGACAAGGUUUAGUUCGAGGUGAAGUCGAAAUUAUUCAUCCGAUAUUGAAAUGGCUUUUGAUGCAUAUCGAUACAGUUCAGAAAAGAGCGUAUUUGUCACAGUUCCUCGUCAAGGUUGAAAUUCCGUCCGAGUAUCUAGGAGAUUCGGAAACGUCUCUUUUAUAUGAACAGUAUUUGUCUCUCAUUGACAGAUUUAAGACAGUUCAUAAAGAAAGAGAGAUAGGUAAAAAAAUUGUUGAAAAUGCUGUUGAGCUUGCAACGGAUCUACAAGCAAUGACAAAAGAAAAAGAAGCAGUGACAGCACGUGUCGCUAAACUUAAAUUAAAAGCUGAACCCGCCCUACAUUUACUAGACGUCUGUAAAUUGUUACGAACGGAAAAAGACAAAGAACGUAAUCUAAUAUCACAGAAGGAGCAAGAGGAAGACACUAUUUCUGAUUUACAAAAUUCCCUUCAACGAGUCGAACGUGAAUUAUACACUCUAAAACGCAACAAUACUGGACUCACACCACAAAUAUUAAUUCAACAUCUGACAGGGGAAGUAACAGUACAAUCUGCAAUUGUAAAAGAGAAGCUUCCAUCUGAGCUAAACGUAAAGAAGAAUCGGAUGCGAGCAUUAUCAGUAGUCAAGGAAUAUUCCUGUUUAGGCGCGGAUAAAAUUAUGACUAUGAGAAAUAAUUUAGAUGUGAUAUCAAAGGCUAUACAAGAUUUAGUAGAAUCCAAAAUAACUAAAAAUGAUAUCGACAAAGUGGGACCAUUCAGACAACAAGCUGCUGCUGUCGGAAAUAUGAAACGGAAUGCUCUUGAACGUUUAGAAAAAACAGAAAGUUACUUAGAGGAAUUACAAUCACGAUUAAAAGAGAAACAGGAUUAUUCAAAGACUUUAUUGGAGACCUCAAUACCUAGAGCAGAAGAAUUGAAAAAAUAUAUCAAUUGUUUAAAGACUAAGAGUACAUUAUAUAAGCGUUGCAAAGCGGAGAGAGCUGGGCUAAAAGCUGAAAGUGGUGUACUUCAACGAACAGUAACUAUUCUUGAUGAACAGAUAAUUCAUUCUUAUUCAGUGAAUAUCACACCUAAAAUAAUAAUUCCAGAAAAUUAUAUAUUAAAUAACGCAUUAGCGACAAAUACUCAGUUGUCUCAUUCGAUAUUGGCUCUGCGAACUAAUCUUGCUCCGGUCAUAAAAGGUAAUAUAACAAGGUUUGUAAGCGAUAUUAAAGCUCUGAAUAUGUGA